CACCAACACGCCAAUGGCACACCACCCUCUCGAGUCUCCUCCCGCUGAAGAAGAAGUUGAGCACUCCAGCCAGUGCGUUCUAUUACCAGACACAGCUCUGCCAGCCCCGCCUGGAGUUUCUUCCUAUAUUCCUGACAGCUAUCUCCCGCUAGGAGGGCUUGACCGACUUGCUUGCUUGCCAUCUACUCACCAGAGCACUGGAUUCCGGCGAUUUCUAAUCGCCCCUCCUCCCAGCUCCAGCGAUUCGCCAUGUCGGUGCUUCUGAAUCUGCGAAAACGCCAGGACGACCACCGGAACGACUCCAGCUCGGGAGCGCCCACGCUGACACUACCACCAGGGCGGCAGAGUUCACAACCACGAGGAGGCAGCCGCCAGUGCAAGCCCGGCUGCAUAGCGGCCAGCGUUCUCGGCGUCUUCGGCUUCCUCCUGAUCAUGACCGUGGUCGGCGUCUGGCUGCUCGGUCGCCGGCGGAAAUUCGCGCUGUUCCCACCGACCCUUUGGAACGACGGCGGGAUAUCACCCCGCCGCAACCGCACGACCGCUAAGGAAGACGUGGUUCUCCCCGAUCUCGAGCCGGAGUGGGCCGGGCUGCCUGUGGACGACGCCACGAUCCUGCGGCGGUUCAAGGAGAUCGACGACAGGAUCUCCAGCCACGUCUUCGACUUCUACAUUCUCGACGAAGAGGUGGUGGAGGGUGAAGAGCUGCGCGCCGUGCCGCAUGAUAAGCGUCGCAGCGUCGUCCACCACCUCUCGCAUUUCGAGUACCUGGUCGCCCUCGAGGACGCCCGCGUGUAUGCCCUCCGGGCGGCGCUGGGCGGCAUUAUCCUCGAGGCCUUCGAUAAGGGUGCGUUCUUUACCGAUCGCUAUACCGAACACAACAUCGAGGGCGGGAAGCUCACCAGUAAUCGUGCGGACAACAGCCCGGCGGGCUACCAUGAAGCCCGUGAACGGACCAUCCUGAGGCUGGCGCAAGUGGUGCACGACCUGCUGAGCCCCUUUGUCUCGACGAAGACGUCGUCCGACCUCUGUCUACAGAGUCUAGAAUCUGUGGUCCGAUCCGUUGCCCAGUUCGCCGAGAUCAUCGAGCGACAGCCGGCAACAUUCGAGCUGGUAUGGACGGCCAAAGGCUUCACAGAGCGUAAAAAGGUCCCCUUCCGCGAAGAGGAGAUGGAGGUUGCGGUGACGAUAGCGGGAGACCGGAAGCGCGAUCCGAAGGUUCGUGGGGUUGUGUUUCCGGGUCUGGAGAAAACGGUGGAUUUGGAAACUCUCUUGUUGGUGAGGAUUCAGGUUUUGAUGUAUUAGAUCCUGCCGGCUUGCGGGUUUCUUCUCUUGAUUCUACUUACUGCGGAGGAGGAUUUAUAUCAUGUACAAACGAUUGGAACAAUCGAUGACUCGUCUACUCGUUC